UUCGAUGUCCAUGUGUUGUCUGUUUUGCAGGAGGUUCACAGAGAGGAGAUCGAAAUGAUCGAUUUGACGACGACGCACGAGGCGAUGCGGGAGGCGCCCGCGGCCAUUGCACAGGUACCCCACCUUCCGAGCGACCGGGGCGACCGGGCGACGCAACCGCCCGACCGGCGAGCGCCGGGACCAUGCACUCGGGGGCGGUGGCUCGGGUCGGCGGCCGGUUUUGGGCGCUGGCCGGAGCCGACGAGGAUGAUGCGGACGGUGACGGUGACGAUCCGGACGCUUCUCCACCAACGCCGACCCCCUCCGACCUAGUCUGCGAAUUCUUCCAUGCGGGCUAUGAUGAGGACGAGGUGGCCUCGACGGUGGAUAGAGUGCUGCCAGUUGAAGAUCCGGCAAGGGUGCGGCUUCCUGCGGGAGAGAAGAAGGAGAUGGUCCGGCGAGUGGUUCACCGUCGAACGGCGGCGACGGCGGUCCGACCAUGGAAGGGUCCCCUUCCAAAGGUUAUCUUCCGAGCUAUGGCGCUGAUCCGUUCAUGGUCAUUAUUCACUCCGAUGGAGGCCAGGGAGCAUUUGGUUACUGGGUCUACCCGGUGGGAGAUGGUUGCUCGGGAUAUCUUCAACCGGUUUGGAUGGCGGUCAUGUAAUAGGAUAGGCAAUUAGUUUCCCUAUCUAUAUAGCCAUCCGGUUGUGGCUCCUUUAUUGGCUAGUUAGUGUUUCUAGCCUUCUGCGCUCUGUGUGGGCUGCUUUUUAUUGUUUUCAGUUAGAGACUAUGGUACUUUGUACGCACUUUUUGUUGCUUCAUUAAUAAGAUGGCUGUAUGCAUCACUCCUGAUGCAGAGGCCGGGGAGUCCCCCUUUUCCAAAAAAAAGGGAGUAGUUAAAGGUUUAUUCUCUGUUGUAAUUCUCCUCUAUCUCCUCCUGUAAAUCUUCUUCCCAGUUACAACUGAAACCCCACUAUAUGCAGCUAUGGGAUAAGCCCCAUCCUAUCAA